AUGAGUAAUAACGAUUCAAAUACUUUGGACCAAAAUAGUGAUGAUAAUGCAAAUGACAUAGAUCAGCAAAUUUAUGAAACACUCGAUUCUGAUCAAAAUGUUUCACAGAAUCCAAAUGACUUGCCAAACACAAAUCCGCAAUCAUCCGACGCUAUCAGUCAAAGACGAACAAGCUUACACCCAUUAGAAGAAGUAGAACUCAAUAGAAGAGUAAAAAGAAAAAGGACCUCGUCUGCUCAUGUCGUGCAACCAUUAUCUGCAGAUGAAAACAAUAAUGAGGAGAAUCAAAGUCAACAAUCGCCACAGCGGCCAACAGCCGAUAAUAAAAAUUCGCUAAAUAUAACGAUGUCCUCGUUGUUGUUUGAAGGUUAUAGUUCAGUGACUUCAAAUGAUAGUAGAUAUUUGGAUAGUCGUCGUACAAACGAAAAAUGGAAAGAUUUAAUAGUGUUUAUGUACACUGAACCAUCAAUAAUGUUUUAUUCAAACGUUUUCUUAAUGGUGAGAGUGAGUAAAAUAGAUACCUUAUAUUUUGUAUAGAUGAGAUAAACCUUAAGGUAGGCAGGGACGGAUUGGGCCAUCGGGAAAUUCCCGAUGGACCGCGUGCGCUACCAAACUCUACGGCUGUGGC